CUUUGAUUACUUUAAUAUUUACUUUUAUACUAAAAGCAUUGUAGAAUUCCGAUUAUUAAAGAACACACUUGACAAAAACUAUGAUGAGGUGUUUACUCCUAUUUCUGGUUCUAACAGUAUCUGGAGUCUUAUCAGGAACACUAAAAAAUGAUGGAUAUCAAGUUGGCUGCGUUAAGUGCCACCCUGUGGCUAAGGAUAAAAUAAAUGUCCAUCUAAUACCACAUUCCCAUGAUGACGUGGGUUGGUUAAAGACAGUUGAUCAGUACUAUUAUGGAAUGAAUACAUCCAUUCAGCAAGCUGGUGUACAGUACAUUAUAACAUCAGUAUUUGAAGCUUUGCUUGACAAUGAGGAUAGAAGGUAUAUACAAGUGGAAACAGCAUACUUUUGGAAUUGGUGGAAGCACCAGAGCCCUGAGGUACGUAAAUUAUAUAAAGGAUUGGUUGACAAGGGUCAAAUUGAAAUGGUGAAUGGAGCAUGGUCAAUGAACGAUGAGGCAUGCUCCAACUAUCAGUCUACCAUAGAUCAAUUUACUUGGGGACUUAGAACUAUCGAUGAAACCGUAGGCGAAUGUGGAAUUCCAACAGUUGGAUGGCAAAUCGAUCCAUUUGGUCACAGUAGAGAACAAGCUUCUUUGCUAUCACAAAUGGGAUAUGACGGCGUUAUGUUUGCCAGACUUGAUCACGAUGAUAAAACCAACAGGAUGAGCAAAUCUGCUUUGGAUUUUGCUUGGCAAGGAAGCGCAAAUCUAGAUGAGAGCACCAUAUUUGGAAGCAUAUUUCCAACAAGCUUGUAUUUCCCGCCGGAUGGAUUUUGUUGGGAUUACAAAUGUACAGAUGAUACAAUAGACGAUAACACAAAAAGUGCUGAUUACAACAUCGAUGUUAUAAAAGAAAAGUUUACUAAACUAAUAGAAACAUACGAAAAAUAUUUUCCCACUAAAAAUAUCAUUAUUCCUAUGGGAGGAGACUUUCAUUAUGAGAGUGCCGAAAAAAACUACAUCAAUAUGGAUAGAUUUAUCAGAGCUUUCCAGAACGACACAAAUCUCAACGUUAUAUACUCUACUCCAUCUUGUUAUCUUAAAGCGGUAAAUGAUGUCUUAGAUAAGGAUCUUAUACUGAAAACAGAUGACUUCUUUCCUUAUAGUGACAGUAAUCAUUCUUUCUGGACAGGAUAUUAUUCAUCGAGGCCAAAUUCGAAAAGAUUUGAAAGGGUUGGGCAUAAUUAUCUACAGGCCACAAAACAGUUAUUUGCUCAAAAUUCCUACAACACAUCGAGAAAUUAUGACGAAAAUCUAAGGUACUUACGAGAAAUUAUGGGAGUUAUGCAACACCAUGAUGCUAUAACUGGAACGGAGAAGCAACACGUCGCAAACGACUAUGUUAGAGGAAUACAUAGAGCAAUUACUGAAGUUGAAAAAGAAAUGGGAGAAGUAUUUGACGAACUUCUGAACACGGAUCUUAAACUGGAACUGGCUUCUUGUUUAUUAACAAAUGUUAGCAUCUGUAAAGUAUCGCAAGAAUCAAAUACAUUUGUCGUAGGAGUUUACAAUCCUCUGGGAUGGAGUGUAACACAUUAUAUAAGAUUACCAGUCGAAGAUGGUGAUUAUAUGAUAAAUGAAGGUGAAUUAUAUGAUCUUAUUCCUACGAUCAGCAACUUUAGUCACGUGAAAAUAAAAGGAGAAACACCUAGUGCUUUUGAGUUAGUAUUUGCUGCUAAAGAUAUUCCACCAAUGGGAUUCAAAUUAUACUAUAUACAAAAAACGAACAAAACAAGAGAUUUCACGCAAGAAGACGAAAGUGAUUUCGACGAUAUUACAGCAUUUGUAAUGGACGAUAAUAAUAAUACAAUAAAAUCUGUCAUCUUAAAUGAUUUAAACUUAGACAUUUCACAAAACUUUUACUAUUACGUGAGUGAAGAUGGUACAAAUUCUUCUGGUGUGGCGUCUGGUGCAUACAUUUUCAGGCCUGUUGCACCAGGUACUGCCAUUCCAGUUUCGCCCGCAACAAUAAACAAAAUCUUUCAAAAAUCUGGUAAAGUUGUUGAUGAAGUGCAUCAAGUAUGGACUACCACGGACGCUGAAAUUCUUCAAAUUAUAAGACACUAUAAAAAUGAGAGCUACAUAGAGUUUGAUUGGAUCGUUGGUAACAUUAAUAUUGACGACAAAAAAGGAAAGGAGUUCAUCUCAAAAUAUACGAUAGGUAGCAAAUUUAACAACAAGAAUAUCUUUUAUACUGAUUCCAAUGGAAGAGAACUCAUAAAAAGAGUUAAAGAUCAGCGGUCCGAUUAUACUUACAAUCCAGAGGUCGAAACAGUAUCCAGUAACUACUAUCCAGUAACCUCCAGAAUUGUUCUUAAGGAUGAAGAUCAAGAUAUCGAAGUUGCUAUACUUACUGACCGAUCUGAAGGUGGGUCAAGUCUUUCUCAAAAUGAAGUGGAGCUAAUGGUACACAGAAGAAUACUGCAUGAUGAUCACAAAGGUGUAAAUGAAAAUCUAAAUGAGAUAGAAUUUGAUAAAGGAGUUUAUGUGAGAGGUACACAUUAUUUGGUUAUCGGAAAGGCGAAAAAAAGCUGAUUUGGAUGGUAAAUCUACUGCAAGCCUUGAACGUAUUAUUGCUCAACAAAAAUUGAUUCAACCCUGGAUUGGCUUAUCUGCAACAAACAUCUCCUAUACAGAUCUACAGAAAUCUGAAUUGGUGUAUGAAGGCUUAGAUGAAUCUCUACCAGAAAACGUGAAUAUCUUGACCUUUGAGCAAUGGAUAAAUGGUACAUAUCUUCUUCGUUUAGAACAUAUUAUGGAACAGGACGAUGAUACUGAAUUAUCCAAAUCUGUUACUGUAAAUAUAGCGAAAGCUUUCAAACAUUUCGAUAUAGAAGCCAUGGCGGAAACAACAUUGUCUGCGAACCAAUUGUUAUCAGACUAUCAAAAUAAAGCUAAAUAUGUCUGGAGAACAUCAGAUCUCGCAACCAAAAAUGUUAAAAAAGUAGAACCCAUUGAAGGCACCCCAAAAUCUGUAACUCUAUCACCGAUGCAGAUACGAACCUUCAUUGUUAGAUUAAAAGAAAAAGAUAUUUCAAGCUCCGGAUUUGAUGUAAAACCUCAUAUUUCAUUAUGUUUUGUUUUGAUUAUAAUACGGUUAUUUUAAUUAGUAUAUUUUUGUUAUUGUAAUAUUAAUACAUGUACUUUAAUAUAAAGAGAGUC